GUCAGCGAAGCAGAUACAAGUUUAUUUUUUUUAAAGUGGCAAGCUUAAGUACCCUGAAGAAGAAAAAUGGUACGGUUUAAGACUUCCUGAAAAGCAACGAUAAUCUUAAAUCACAGAACAUUCUGUAUGCAACUGAAACCGAGAUUGUUGGAGUGUUUUGUCGUUGUUGAUCUCAUUUUGUAUUCGUUAUCAGUAAAAAUAACACUGAUCCCUGGAUUUUUUAAUCAUUUAAGUGGCACUAUACUAUAUUCUUGGUUCUUAUGCUUCUCAAUGUCUAAGUAUGAACUUUGUAUAUGAAUGGCUUUAUGGUGGCAUAACUAGCGUACUUCAGUUUUUGGGACUCUACCAGAAAAAUGCCAAAUUAGUUUUUCUUGGAUUGGAUAACGCGGGUAAAACAACACUACUGCAUAUGCUGAAAGAUGACAGAUUAGGACAACAUUUGCCAACAUUUCAUCCAACGUCCGAGGAGCUGAUGAUUGCUGGCGUGACAUUUACCACUUUUGAUCUGGGUGGUCAUGAACAAGCUCGUCGGGUAUGGAGAGACUAUCUUCCUGCUAUCAAUGGUAUUGUGUUUAUGGUAGACACUGCAGAUGUUUCAAGACUGGCUGAGUGUAAAACUGAACUUGAUGCACUAUUGACUGAUGAAGCUAUUGAAAAUAUACCAAUUCUGAUUCUUGGUAACAAAAUUGAUAGAUCAAAUGCCAUGAGUGAGGAGGGACUGAGAGAAUUUCUUGGAUUGUAUGGACUGACAACAGGGAAGGGAAAAAUUACAUCAAAUGAUUUGAUUUCAAGACCGCUUGAAGUCUUCAUGUGUAGUGUUCUAAGAAGACAGGGCUAUGGUGAAGGCUUCCGCUGGCUAGUACAAUAUAUUGACUGA